AUGGUCUCACAACUACUUAAAAGCCGGCAAGGAGUUCACGCCAUUGAAGAUGCCCUAGCCACAAAUGAAGACACUCUUAUGGACUUCAUGGGAGAUGCCACUGAAGAGAACAUAGAGGAGUGCCCCCCAAAGAUUUGGGAGGCAAGGUCGUGGUCAGGAGAGGGUAGACGGCCGUCAGGGACACUCCACUCGACCGGGUUCACGCCGCUCGAUCGAGCUUGCAGCUCGUCUUCUUCCUCUUCAUCGUUGAAGUGUGUGUGGCUCCCUUGGCCUUGGUGGAGCCUGGCUAGCUCGAACUGGCCGUAUGGGUUCCACCUGCUCUGGGGAUACUCCUGGUAA